AGAAGAAUCCCAUAAUAAUCAUCAACAACACCGACACCCCGUAUCCAUCCCAGCAUAUAAUAGCAUUUCCAUACAUCGACGCGGCCACUUUUGAUAAGUUUGCUUGUUUUCCCUAUAAAAAAUACCAAUAAGAUAAGAUGGAAGAGACUGAUAGAACUGUAUCUCGUUUAUGGAGAUCAUUUAAGACGGUUAAGGAACUAGUCAAAGAUAGAGGAUACUAUAUUACUCAAGAAGAAAUUGAUAUGACAUUGGAUGAGUUCAGAAGUAAGAUAUGUAAUGAUAUGGGAGAAGCACAAAGAAAACUAAUGUGCUUCCAAGCCAAUCCAACUGCUGAGUCAUUAGAAAAAUUUCCAGAUAUGGGAUCAUUAUGGGUUGAAUUCUGUGACGAAGCAUCAGUUGGUAUCAAAACCAUGAGAAACUUCUGUAUUCAUAUUAGUGAGAAGAACUUCAGUACUGGUAUUUUCAUUUAUCAAAAUAGUAUUACACCAAGUGCUAAUAAAUUAAUUCCAACCGUAUCACCAGCUUCCAUCGAAACUUUUCAAGAAAGUGACUUGAUUGUUAACAUUACUCAUCAUGUUUUAGUUCCUAAACACAUUAGAUUAUCAAGAGAAGAAAAGAAGCAAUUAUUAGAAAGAUAUAGAUUAAAGGAAUCCCAAUUACCUAGGGUUCAAAGAGAAGAUCCAGUGGCUAGAUAUUUGGGAUUGAAAAGAGGUGAAGUUGUUAAGAUUAUCAGAAAAUCAGAAACUUCUGGUCGUUAUGCUUCUUACAGAAUUUGUUUAUAA